CCAUCUUUGGACAGCCCUCUGGUGUCAUACGAAUUUCGCUCGCCACCUUCAACAGCGAGGAGAAGCAGUCCAAGGAUUUUCGUUCCGAUCGUCCGCGCAAAAGUCUAUCCAAAAUGAGGAUCCCAAUCGGACCGAAACAGGCCGAACAGGCCACCAAGUGGAUCUCGUCCGCCGUCGGCUUCGGAGCGGCCGGCUCCCUGAUCGGACUGUACCUGACCGAUUGGCGCUGCAUCGUGACCUACAUCCCGUUCUACGGUGGCAAGUUCAAGUCGGAGGAAUAAGCGCCUCAUUCGGCUGGGAGACAAGUUAGGGUAUUUCUUUGUUGUUCUAUCGGACAAACCAACAACCUGGAGAAGGCUAGCUUUUGUGAGUGGAAGUUGUUGUAUUUAGUGUAAAUUCGACUACCAAACUGGAUGAUCCUGGCUUCCCGAACUGCUGAUUUGCUGAUGGAGCUCGGAAUAAAUUAAUGACGAUCGACA